UUGGAAAAAAUUCACAGUGACUACAUGAAACUGAAGAAUCAUCGAAGUCGUGCAAAGACAUCGAAAAGACAACGAACAAAUGUGGAACAGUUUAGCAAACGUCUUGAUAAAUUAUUUGACAUUGCAAAUUGUGCUGCACUAAAAAAUUUACCGAAAAAUUUGCAGCAAUUUUUGACAGAUUGUCGUAAAGGAAAUAGAAAUAUCCAUCUACCAGCAAUUGACGUUAUACCAGAAGAAACUUCUGGAAAUCUGUCUGCGAUGGAAGUAGAAACUCCCAAUAAUGAGGAAAUUGGAAUGAAAUUAUCCCAACAGUCGUCCUUAAAUAGUUUCUGUAGUUCCAUAUCAAAUUCCAGUGAAUUGAAGCGAACUUGUUCAGACUUUGAAGAUACAAUGCCAGCGCCUAAGAAAAAUAAAAUUGAUAUUCUGACUUCGGAAUUAGUAUUAGCACUAGAUAGAACUAAAACUAGUAACAGAAAUGCGAUGUACAUCAUUUCUGCUGUUAUUCAAAGUUUAGGACUUGAGAUUGAUAAAUAUAAUUUAAGUUACUCCACUAUUCGCAAUGCGCGUAUUUCAAAAGAGAAGAAAUUGUCGAUACGAUCAAAGAAGAAGAAAUUUUUGAUGACUCUCUCGUAGUGCACUGGGAUGGAAAGAUGCUUCCUGCGGGAAAUGGUCAACCAAAAGCAGAACGAUUAUCAAUACACGUCACCGGAAUAAAUACUGAUAAAAAUUUAAAAACUCCGAUUCUCUCUGAUGGCACAGGUGAAAGCCAAGCUUCAGCCAUUUUUGAAACGCUGAUAGAGUGGGAUCUUUGCGAUAAUGUUAAAGCAAUGUGCUUUGAUACAACUAGUUCAAAUACCGGUUGUUUUAAUGGCGCAUGUGCAUUAUUAGAAGAUAAAAUUGGCCGUGACUUAUUAUAUCUUGCUUGUCGCCAUCAUACUUCUGAAUUGAUGUUACGAAAUGUUGCAGAAGUUGCUUGGCCAGUGACGAAUAGUCCAAAUGUACCAAUUUUCAAAAGACUCAGAGAUAGUUGGGAAAAAAUUGAUAAAUCUGCGUAUGAAAUCGGCAUAGAGGAUAAAGAUAUUGCACUUAUUUUAAAUCAAAGAAAAGACGAUAUUCUUGACUUCAUAGAAAAUCAAC